AUGUAUUAUGCUAUGAAUAUUCAAAAUACCAGAAAACGAAGCCGGCAGGAAGAUGACGAUGCCACGCUUCAUGGCUUCAGCGAGCACCGGCGUAUCCUCAAGGCGCGCGACAACACCAAACGAUCCUCCAUCGCUUCAGAGUUCAUCUCCCAGAACCAGAUCACGUCCUCUCUUGUCAUCCGACCGGUAACUAACUCUCCUCCUCGGCCUCGGAGUAAUGCCAUGUCUCAACCAAGAGGGACUGAGAUUACUCCAAACGGUUCGGAUAGCGAAGACCGUCCAAAUAUUGGAUGGAACAACCCGUACCAUACUUCGCCAGCUGUUCUGCAACUUUACGGAGAGGUCAUACCCCAAGAAAUUUCACUUUCGGACUGGCAAAACAACCUACAGGCGGCAUCGCAAAGAUUACAAGGACAUGAUUCCAUGGAUAUUGAUGAGGACAUGGAUGAUAGCCCACAACUGUCGCAGCCUUCUCACAUGGACCCAUCUAUUAAACAUGCGGGCCGAAUCCCAACGCCUAUUACUGGCCAUUUUCCCUCCCAUGUUCGAACGAGUAAUCGCAGUUUACCAAUCGAGGAAGCGACCAGCGGGCUGAAAUAUGACCGUCGCCUUCCCAGUCCCAUCAGUGAGGAUGAAUCCAGUCACAAAAUUACAACUAGCUUUAUGGCAGAUAUGCAGAGGGAUAUGGAGACACGAGCGCCUGCAAGAGACGGCCUGAAGAAAUAUGGUUCGACCAAGCUUGGUAUCAGGAAUAUGGGGCAUGUGCCAACAGGGAUGGGUGAUGGCUUUGGGAGCAAUGCUAAAAAAUUAAGCAUGGGAUACAAGAGUGAUUGUGAAAAGUGUCGGCAGAGGGUUCCAGGCCAUUAUAUGCAUCUUAUUGCAUGA